CUUGGGAUUCCACUGCCAGUCACAUUCAGACUGCAAAAGUCCCAGCAUGUGCUGUUGGGAAACUGAGGCACUCGCCCCUGGAGGAGCCAGGGCUGAUCGCACAAAGUAGCCCAUCCCACCACCCCUGGACAUAUGAGUCGGGUCGGGCACGGGCGACGGGAGAGCGAGUUCUAGCCGCACGAGGGGCUCGCUUUACCCGCAGGAAGGUUCGAUUCCCGGUAGUCGGAUCAUUGCUGGGAGCGCUCCUUCUGUGGGCAAAGGAGACAGUAAAAUAAGCCUGAUGGUUGAAUGAGACGGCAUGACAUGUUCUCCCUUUGCCCUUAGCGGCAGGAAGUAAAAGGAAGGCGGGGUGGGGGGGGGUGUUCCUAGUUUUGCUUUCACUAUUAGCAGAGCUGCAUCGGCUUCCUAACGGCGGGGGACCAUGGCAGACAAGAAACUGAGAGACGUGCGAACAAAGUUUGUGGAGAAGGCGAACACAGCUGUCAUCUGCAAAGUCCUGGAUGAUCUGCUACAAGAAGGGGUCCUGAAUGACGAGGAGGUGGAAAAAGUGAAGACAUGCGGUGUCGUGCACGAAGAAGCCAGAACUUUGAUCGACAAUGUCAGGAAGAAGGGCCACAAAGCCAGCCUCAUCGCCAUCAAGAGUAUCCACUCCCGAGAUGGUUUCUUGGCUGAGGAGCUGAGUCUGACGGCCUUCUUGGAAGGAAGUCUGGCUCCACAAUCUCUCCGAGCUCCUAGUCCAAGAGCCGUGCUCUCUAAGGAAGAAACCCAGCCGGUGGAAUCCACACAGGGGAUCAAGCUUUGCCCUCCACAUCUGUUUGAGAAGAUCCAAAAGGAGGAAUCUGACAAGAUCUAUCCUAUUAUCCGGGAGUUAAAGACGCGCACCCGCUUGGCCUUGAUCAUCUGCAACAUCGACUUUGAGUGUGCCUGUUUCUCCAAGAGGGAUGGGGCCGAAGUGGAUUUGGCAGGGAUGGAACGCCUCCUGACUGGCCUGGGGUACACAGUGGAACCGCAUACCAAUUUAUGCUCAAAGGGCAUGGCCGAUCGCUUGAGAGCGUUUGCUGCUAAGAAGGAACAUAAGACCUCGGACAGCACCUUUGUGGUACUCAUGUCUCACGGUCUGCGGGCCGGCCUGUGUGGGGUGAAGAGCCAGGGCGAGAACUCGGACAUCCUGACCCACGACACCAUUUACUCCAUCCUCAACAACAAGAAUUGCCCCAGUCUGAGGGACAAGCCCAAAGUGAUCAUCAUCCAAGCCUGCCGUGGGGAAAACAAAGGCUUUGUAUAUGUGAGCAGCACAAAUGUGCCCUCUGCUGACUCCCUCUCACCUGCCCCACGGCUCCUGGAAGAGGAUGAAGAUUAUGAAAGUGAUGCCAUUCAGCGGGUGCAUGUGGAGACUGACUUAAUCUGCUUUUGUUCUUCAACCCCAGAUAACGUGUCCUGGAGGAGCCCCAAAACAGGAUCCGUCUUUAUUGCCCAGCUAGUGAAGCAGAUGCAGGAAGAUGCCUGGAACUGCCACAUAGAAGAGAUCUUCAGGGAGGUCCAGCAAGCAUUUAAAAACAAGCCGCUGCAGAUGCCAACCAAGGAGCGAGCCACUCUUCUGAAAAGAUUCUACCUGUUCCCAGGCCAUUGAAGCCAAGCAAGAGUGUCCCCUUAAUGUCUCCAAGCCAGCUUCCUCCAGUUUUUCUUCUCCAGAUGUUCUUCUUGGAUGCAGAGCCAUAUUUUGAACCAAGUCUAGCACAGCUGUUUAUGGACAAGAACUUUUCUCAGGUCUGGAAUCAAUGUUGGAGCACCUUUAGGAGCCUGCCAUCUGCUGAAGUAGGGGAUCUGUACAGCCAAUCAGAUCUCUGAUAGUCUUGCUGGGUAAAAGCCCUAUGUAGCUCUGCCCACUUCCUGAAAAUACUUGAUGGGCACCAGAAAAGUUUUCAGUAGACCACACAGGCACCAUGCCGGAGAACCUUGAGUUAGAAUAUAGGGCAUAUUUCAUAGGAUAUUGUGACAUACAUCAUUGGAAAACAUUCACCGAAUUAACAUUAAUACACAGUUAUAUUAACACAUGAUAUUAAUAAAACUGUAUCUUCAUAUAUACAUAGUGAUCAGGACUGGCCCAGAACUUUUGGGUACAUCUCUCCAAAGUUUGGAGAUAAACCUAACAAUUAUUGGCACACUGGUGCGCCAGACAGGCUGCAGUGGGGGCGUCACAACAACAGAAGGAACGUUCCAGCCAUUUCUUCAUGAAAGAAAUGUUCCCAAUGGUGCUGUUGCAGUAUAAUUAUCACAGCCAAAAUGACUGUGUCUGAAAUUCUUUGAAGCAAAAUUCAGAUUAGCGGGGGAUGCUCUUGAUACAAUGAAACCAGAUUCCACUUUUCUUUUUCUCCAGUUUCAAGUUCUGUAAUUAUGUUUUCCUCUUACAUGUGUCAUUAAGAAGAAAUAACAUUCAGUUAGCAAGAUCAUGAAUAAAGAACAAACCAUGUGCUUUGGCUUUUGUGGUGCUUUUUGCCAAAUCCCUUAGAAACUUGACGGUAAGUUUCUAGAGCACUAAACUGUCUGCCAUUUUUUUUCCUCUCUCGGUGCGCCUUUAACAGCAGCAUCCCCUGAGGGAAUUCACAGGUGACAGUUUUUGUGGCAUGGAGUUAAACAUCAUUGCCAGCUAUCUCCUCUAUAACAAGGCACAAUCAAAGGUACAGGAGCAGAGGUUAUUAAAGAAACAACCUCAAUUCAGUCCAUGAAAGCUUAUGCUACAAAAAUCUAUGAAUCUUUCAAGUAACACCAACAUGGCUGUUGUGGGUCUUACAGGCUGUGUGUCCAUGGUCUGGUAGUUUUUGCUCCUAACAUUUCACCCGCAUCUAUAGGCCACAGAUGCAGGCGAAACUGUAGGAGCAAAAACUACCAGAUCACAGCCACAGCCUGUAAAACCCACAACAGCCAGUUGAUUCCAGUUGUCAAACCAUGCAUAAACCAUGUCAACCAUGCAUAAACACCAAAAUCUGUUUUUCAGAAGGAGGGAGCAUACCUUUCUACACUCCAACGCUGGGGUUUGUGGUCACUGCUCUGAAAAGACUCCAUUGCACAGUCAGGUAUUGGGUGAUGGAUCAAAAGUGUGGCAGACGUGGUUUCCCCUCUAUACUCCCAUCAGCUGACUAGCAGUGGCAGAGAGCCUCGGAGUAGAAAGUCACGCAGAAGGCGAUUUGUGCCCCAUGUCAUUCUUCACCAGGCGGCAAACUGGGGGUCAGCUUUCAAAUUCAAGUUUUUGGUAUCGUCCUUUAAAGUCCUAAAUGGUCUGGGACCGCUGUACCUGCAAGAGUGCCCCUCCUGAUAUAACCCCCAAAGAUCAUUAUGCUUAGCAGUGGCAGUGACAGUUAUUAAUUUGGUAUUGUGUUUUUUCGGUUUCUGUAUAUUUCUGCUGAGCCUGAAUGUUUUGGUUGGUUUUCUUUUUUUCUUUUUGGAGUAUGGUUCAUUUCUGUAGCAUGGUUCAGAAAAUUAUUUUUAAAAUAUUUUAAAUAAAUAUUAUUUUCCUGUA